GCAACGUCAUAACCCCCAGUACCCUCCUGGUUUGGAUAAACCAUCUAUCAAGUGAUAAACACAUCCAUAGGCACAUUACAUAAGUUACCGCCUCCUUCACAGCGAGUAUAGACGGAAAUAAUGCCUUCCGAAGGCUCUCAACAACCAUCCCUUGACUCUUUCUUCAAGCGUAAAAAUCCUCGAGUCGAGCCAUACUCAAGGACCGGCAAUAACGCUAUUAUAGACCUCACAGACUCCCCUCCAAACAAAAAAAUCAAACUUGAUGAUGAGGGCAGUCAGAAAAAUCGAUCUAUGACACAGACGUCUUCCAGUUAUUUCAAAGGACACCCCACAGCGAGACCUCUCUCGGUAGAUAAAAGGCUGCCUCGCAAGCCAUCGGCUGCCAUCCAAGCUUACAAGCUUCAAGAUGUAAUACCGCCGCAACCCUCUCAUUCAGGUUUAGCUUUUGAAACAUGCUCUUUAGUCCCUCAAGCGUCGUUCGUGCCAGAUUCUCAACCUGAGCCGUCAGCAAGUCCUGCACCACAACGCACCACAGAACAGCUUAAGAGGCAUGAAGAAUGGAAGACUAGGAUCCUUGCCAUGAGUGGUUCGUUUCGACGAAAAAGGUCUUUGGCUCUAGAUGAGGCAGUUGCGGCGGAGGCAAGGGAAGCUGCUGGUCUAGAAGACGAAGGCACUCCCUUUGACGGCAGUGAUGGGGACGACUAUAAGAGCGAAAGCGAAAAGAAUGCAGAAGAAGUGGGAAAGCAGCUUAAAAAAUACGUUGCUAAAGAGCUAGCAGGGAAAGGGAAAAGUAAAGGGAAAAAGAAGGAGGAAAUAGGGCCUAGCGGGUUAGCAUACACGCCUUUAGAGAAGCAAUUCAUGGAAAUCAAGGAGCAAAACAGGGACGUUCUCCUUCUUAUGGAAGUGGGGUAUAAGUACAAAUUUCACGGCGAAGACGCAAAAACAGCCAGUCGCGAAUUAGGCAUCGUUGCCUUUCCUAACAGGAAUUUUUUCACUGCGUCGAUACCCACUCAUCGACUGCACAUACAUGUCAAAAAACUGCUGUCAUUGGGAUACAAAGUGGGCGUGAUUACUCAGACAGAAACGGCGGCCCUUAAAAAGAUUGGCGAUAACAGGAAUGCCCCGUUUGCUCGCAAACUCACUCACCUUUUCACUGCUGCCACCUAUGUCGAAGAUCCCUCUCUAUCAUCAUCAUCGUCAUCAUCUUCAUCCGUCCGCUUUGAUGAUCCUGUCGUCCCUGGCACCGCUCCUCCACCUACAAAUGCUCUCGUUGCUAUCGUGGAACAGCCUGUGGAUAGGGCCAGCGAUGACAGAGUUAAGGUUGGCCUAGUUUGUGUCGUCCCAGGGACAGGAGAUAUCACAUGGGAUGAAUUUGACGACUCUCAAAUUCGGACAGAAUUGGAAACCCGCCUUGCUCACCUAUCACCUGCCGAACUUCUUCUUCCAAAGCAGAGGCUUAGCAAGGCGACGGAGAAGGUGCUGACGUAUUUCGCUGGCGAACCGAAACAUCGAGGCAGAAACGCUGUCCGGAUUGAAAGGAUAGACAAUAUUCCAGAAUACGAUGCGGCGUUUGAUUUUCUGACGAAUUUCUAUCAUUGUAAAGAGCACAAAGCUACAGUAUCCAAAGGGGAUGUGAAUGAUGAACGGCACCUUAUGACAGAGGGAAAUAAGCAAUGGAGCUUGCAACCCAAGUUGAGCCAGGAUGGGGCAGAUAUCUCAUUGGAUGAAGAGAUCUAUCUAGCAUCCGGUGUUAGCUCUAGCAAAGCAAUCCUAACCCUAGUUGAUUUUCCCAAACAAGUCGUGAUCUCCAUGGCUGUCGCUAUUCGAUACAUGAAAAGGUUCGGUUUGGAAAAUGCUUUUAAGCAUACUUCCUCGUUUGUCAGAUUUGCAAACCGGUCUCAUAUGUUACUGUCAAGUAACACUCUGGCCAAUUUAGAGAUCUAUCAGAACCAGACUGAUGGAGGAUUGUAUGGAAGCCUGAUUUGGUUGCUUGACCACUGCAAGACCCGCAUGGGCAAGCGUCUUCUUCGCGAAUGGGUGGGAAGACCAUUACUUGAUGUUGCGGCCUUGAAAGCUCGGGCCGACGCCAUUGAAGAAAUCAUGGAAAAUAAUAGCUACCAUAUGGAGAAACUUCGCAGCCUUUUGAUCAACAUGCCGGAUCUUGUUAGAGGCCUAACUCGAGUUCAGUAUGGAAAAGCAACGCCGAACGAGCUCGCGACUUUACUUAUUACCCUCGUACGCUUGGCUUCAGAGUUCAAGCCCAACAUGGGCAAUGUUUUCCGAUCAUGCCUUUUAAACAACAUACCCAAUACGCUGCCGACAAUUCUAGAUACUUCCCAAAGAUUUCUAAAUGCCUUGAACUUAAAACAAGCAAGGGAAAAUGACGUGGCCAAUUUAUGGGCUGACCCAGACCGAUUCCCGGAUAUACAGGAUGUCAAAGAUUGUAUAAGCGUCUGCGAGAUGGAGUUGAACGAACACCUCAUGGAAUUGCGGAAAAUACUGAAAAAGCCUACACUUAGGUAUAUUACAGUCUCGGGCAUUGAGUAUCUUGUGGAAGUUCCAAUCCGAGAUACGAAAAUCGUACCUGCUCAGUGGAUGAAAAUUAGCGCCACUAGGACUGUUAAUCGAUAUCAUACUCCUAAAAUCCUUGCAAUCACGAAAGAGAGAACACAGCAUCUAGAGAAGCUGUCUAUUGUCGCUCGUGAAGCAUUUAUAGCCUUCCAGUCUGAAGUUGCCGAAUAUCAUGAGCUUGUUGUGGUUUCCAAACAAAUUGCCGUCAUCGACUGUCUGAUGUCCCUGGCUCAAACGGCUGCUGCCUCCGGAUACUGUAAACCGAAAUUUGUAGCUGAACCGGAGCUGAAAAUAUUAGCUGGCAGACACCCAAUGGUGGAAAUGCUCAGAGAAGAGUCAUAUGUCCCAUUUGAUAUCCACUUUUCGAAAGAGGAGGGAACGACCAAAAUUAUCACUGGGCCGAAUAUGGCAGGUAAAAGUUCGACUGUUCGUGCGAUGGCCUUGAUCGUAUGUAUGGCACAAAUCGGAUCUUUCGUGCCUGCGGCCUCCGUGACACUUAGUGUACAUGAUUCUGUUCAAACGAGGAUGGGGGCUUCUGAUGAAAUUGGACGAGGGAAGUCCACGUUCAUGGUAGAAUUAUCAGAGACGAGCGACAUUCUUCAAACCAUAACACCAAGAUCUUUGGUAGUUUUGGAUGAGCUCGGCCGGGGAACAAGUACUUACGAUGGCAUUGCUAUUGCUUAUGCUACUUUGUCGCACAUCGCCGAGAUCGGAUGUAACACGCUAUUUGUCACACAUUAUCCUACGGUUGCGCAGGACUUGGCCAGAGAAAAGCCUGACAAAAUUAGUAACUGGCACAUGAGUUUUGACGAGAUUCAGAUGCCUGAUGGCGGUGCAGAGAUCACUUUCUUGUAUCAGCUCACACGCGGAUUACAAGAGGCCUCUUUUGGAGUAUGGUGUGCUCGAUUGGCAGGUCUACCAAAACCUAUCCUCGACACUGCUCAAAUGCGGUCCAGUUCUCUCAAGGCAGAGACGCAAGAAAGAUUGAGAGGUAUAGUGGCAAGAAGGGUUGGUUGGAUGCUGCACAAUCUGUUUGACAACAAAACCAGCUCCAGCCAAGUGCUCAGGAAUGUAGAGAUGUUGCACAACUCUUUGUCUUCAAGUUCUAUUUCAUUCUCUCAGUAGUAUUUCACUCCUAAGUGGAAAUCGUAGAGCUCUUUUGUCUUCUUGAGCUUUCGCCUGUGUCCAUCUGUCCUGAAAAUGUGAUUUUGUAGCAAAAGCAUGUAUAAUUUCAG